ACAGACCUAAGGAUAUUAAGGAACCACUAAAAGGAGCGACGGACUCAGAACUUAAGGAUACCACAGACCUAAGGAUAUUAAGGAACCACUAAAAGGAGCGACGGACUCAGAACUUAAGGAUACCACAGACCUAAGGAUAUUAAAGAACCACUAAGGAUACCAAGAAGAAAACACUGAGAAAUUAAAGAACGAAAAGCCAAACAUCGUAUAUAUAAGCCAGUUUUCACCCAGACAGACAGACUAACUUAACACCAUGGCUCUUGUGGCGUACAGUGACAACAGCGAUAUGGGCACGGACUCAGAGGACGAAGAGGAGACCCUGAAUGACAAACCCCCCCAGAAAAUAGACGCAAAAAAGCCCUCGGCAGACACUCCGAAAAAUGUGAUCCCUAAGCCCAGUGGAGUAGAGACAAUUGUGGAUGAGGACGAUGAUUAUGCCGUGGAGAGUAAGCCGUCCAGUGGCCUCUUUUCCUCCGUUCCCGCCCCCGUGCCUGUUAUGAGUUUACUGCCGGCCGGGGAGGAGGUGGAGGAUGAGGUGGUGGAUGUGCCGACGGUGGAGACGUGGAAGGUGACGCAGGACCUGAAGAAACAGCAGAAUAAUAACGAGGGUGGGCCGCCGAAGAUUGACGCCCAGCCGCCGCCGACGCAGAAGAAGGCGAAGAAAGUGAAGAUCUUGAUUCCGUCGUUGUCGGAGUUUGCAGAUGAUGAUGAUGAUGAAGAGGUGAAGGAACCGCCCAAAAAGAAGGUGAAUCCCUCCAGGAGUGGCAGCGGCCUCUUCUCAGUGUUGCCGGAGCCUAAGAAUGUGUCUGCUAAGGAGGCCAAGCGGUCCUUGGUGCCACACGUCCUUACCAAGAGGCCGACGCAGACCCAGAAGCCCGCGAGGAAGGUCACAAAGAAGCCUCCACCGCCAGCAGCAGGUGUAGUUGGUAAUGUUUCAGAUGAUGAGGAGGAGGAUGAGGCUCCGACAGGAACCUCAGAUUUUUUUUCCCUGUCCGAGGAAUCUGAUACAAACUAUGCCAAGGUUGUUCCUGAGGUGGCUGCCAGUCAUGUUGUGACUGGAAUUGCACCCACUUUGGAGCCCCUGAGGGAAGAACCCAGAGUUCCCAGCAUCCACCCUGAGGGCCCUUCACCUUCCAUGGUGCAGCACCAGCACUAUGAGCAGGUAGGCCCCAGCACCAUGGUACAAGAGCUCCCUCAACCAGAGGCAGCAACAACAGCAGCAGCAGUCGGCAUUGAUGAAGCCACUCUCAUGCGGCUGGCUGGGAAGCGUGGCCGGGCCGAUGCCAUCAACUUCAUUGAUGUUAAUGCAGAUGAUGCAUUGCUGACCAAACAGGAAUGGAUGACCAAGGCGCUGAGUGAGGAGAAGCCUCAACAUGGAUUCAGCAGGAAACGUGAAGGACUUCCCACACAGAAACAGAAGCAGAAGCACCAGAUCACCUACUUGGCUCACCAGGCCAAGGAGCGCGAGUUGGACCUCAAGAACACUUGGGCGUUGAACAAAAUGACCAAGAUGCAGUCACAAGCAAAGUACGGCUUCUAGCCUUUGUCUGCCUCAUCCCCACUCGCCUGUUACAUGUGGCCAAACAAAAUGAGGCCUGAUGUUUCACGGCGAGGCUCAUGGUGCCUGAGCACUGUUGUGGGAGGCAUUUCUGCUCCUUGAAGCUCAUGAAAAAUUAACCUCUUCAGGAGAACAAACAUUUUUCCCAACCUUUCACCGGGGAUUUGAACCUGGGACCCUGAGACGGGAAGCAUAUACUCCAGCACUGAGCCAGAGGGAUCAUUGUGGAUCAAAGCCUUUUGGAGUCUUAAUCCACAUCUCGAGUCAUUACACGGCUUCCCUUCUCCCAUUUAGAUGAAUUUCUUUGUGCUUCAAUUUUUCUGGUCACUUCCACAUUUUCUGAGGUAACGAGACCAGAACUUGUAUAGGAGAUGCAGGCCAUCUAAUUUCCUGCCCCUUCAUGGGGAACACAACACAGGAAUGCAUCCACAGCCAGCCACCAGUGUUGUGGGAAUCACUUCUACUUGAAGCACAUGAGAAAUGGACGUGUUUGGGAGAGUGUAUCCUGUUCUCAAUAUCCUGCCUGGGAUUUGAACCCGGUCCCCUGAGACUGGAGGCCGACAGUUUACCAUCAAGCCAGAGUGAAUCCCGUGAGUUAAGGCUUACUUCUUGGAGUCUUUCUCUUUGACUUGGGACAUUGUAGUUCAUCCUGUGUUUUCAUUGUUUGCCAGAUUGAAGCUCAACUAACAAAGUUUAAUUAAUAUUGAUUGUUUCUCGUCAUGUGAAGUUCUCCACGAACAUCAUUUACUUUUCCUUGAGGCUCAGGGCUACAGUUGGUUUAACCCUUUCUCUCACCUUGUUUGUUUCUUCAUCUGGCCCAAGAACUUGAUCUUAAUACUUUGAAAAUUUUAAGUUUUUAGAUUAAGUAAGUUUAUAAUUAAAUGAAGGUCAGAGUACAAAGGCAGCGAUGAUGAAUGACUGAUCAAAUCCAUACAUCGCUCUAACUUGUAAGGUUGUCUUUUUGGCAUAAUAUUCAACUGUAUAUAAUUCAAAUAGUUCACUUUGUAUUGAGAAAGUUGCCGCCUGAGAUGUAGGGGACAAUUUUACCGAAGGGAACUAUUCGGAAAGUUUGUUACUACAUCUCAGGCCAUAGCUGGCUAGUGCACACGAAAUAAAUAUUUGUCUGUACAUUUU